AAUUUGUGAUGACAAAGAAUGUGAGAACGGGGGAGCCUAAUGCCUGAUUGGGAUGCUUUGUAUUUGGCAAAGUGGCUUCUGAUUGGUCUGAGAAAGCCCCCUAACUAGAAGGAGUUGAUAUUCAUUCAGCUUACUCAAGUGCUGCUAAACUGCUUCUAAACACUCAGAGGCUCCGGUUGCUUCUUUAAAGGUUUGCCCAGGUGUGUGGAGUGGGUUUAUAAACUUUUGAUGGAAAUCUCCAGGAAGGUCCCUCUUUGAAAUGGCAUCAGACAGUGAGGUGAAAACGUUACUGAAUUUUGUGAACCUGGCCUCUAGUGACAUCAAAGCCGCUCUGGACAAGUCUGCUCCCUGCCGCCGCUCAGUUGACCACAGAAAAUACUUGCAGAAGCAGCUCAAACGUUUUUCUCAAAAAUAUUCCAGGAUCCCAAGAUGCCACCCCAGCAAAUCCAUGGAAUCCAGCUCCAAAAAGGGGGCAGAGGAUAGAAAUCGCAGUUCAGACCCAGAUGGCACGGAUCCAAAUCACUGCACAGUUUCCAGUGAAAAGGCCCUGAGGCUAUCAGAGGUGGAGGAGAACUUCAGUGGGGAACAGGUUUUGCAGGAGCAAAGCCCAGAGUCUGUAAGGCCAGAUCAGGUGCCCAUGAGGAAAAGACAGCUGCCUGCUUCCUUCUGGGAAGAGCCCAGACCAACUCAGAGUCUGCUGGUCGGGAGCUUUCCUGCCGGAUUGGAUGGGCUCCCAAACUCCAGGGACCUUCCUCCUUACGAGGGCAAGAAAAGCAAAAAGGGUCCCGAUACCACAGAGCCAGGCAGCCCCCCUCUGCCUGCCCAACCCAGUGGGGAGAAGGAGCCUAUCAAAGUGCCCGGGACAUCCUUAUCUGGCCGGAUGAAUGCCUGGAGCUGCUGUCCAUUUCAGUACCAUGGACAACCUGUUUACCAAACCCAUGGAGCCCUACCUCAGUCACCGUUUCCAGGCCUCGGGCUAUGGAGAAAAAGCACAGCACCCACAGGGGAGAUCCAACACUUCUGCAAGGAGGUGGGCAGUAUGGGGCAGAAACUAUACAGACCAGUGGUUUUGAAACCCAUCCCUACCAAGCCGGCUGGGCCACCUCCUAUUUUCAAUGUGUUUGGAUACAUUUAGCCUGAGGGAGGGGAGGGGAUUUUGUGCUGUGUACGGUAGCUCUUUCAAAUGAAAUUCAAAUGUAAUUUCAGACAUUGGCCCAUCAGCUAGUCACACUGUGGAGCAAUUCUUCGGGGAAGAAUAUGCUGUCGUUUCCAUCUGUCUAUAGAUGGGCAGCCAUUACCGGCUGCUCCUUUAAUCGGAAAGGCACAAGCUGGCUGACUUAAAUAGUGGUUGUGAAUACAUUUGGGUGUCAGUCUCCCCUCACUGCACUGGUAUAAUUCAGGAAUAACUCUUAUGGAAGCCAGUGCAGUUAAAUGACAGGCGAACUGGGCCUCUUGUAUUUAAGAUAAUUGUUUGACCCAGGGUGUGUCAGGCUAAGAACCAUUUGGAAUCUGCACUUGUAACACCUACGAGACCUUUUCCAUAUGGGACUGUCUUUAGGGGGACACUUUGUACCACCAGCACCAAUGACGUGAUUAAACUGAUAACGUCUCUUGUACUUUAAAGUCAUUCUAAAGAAAUCAGUUAAGGUUUUCAGGUCACUUUCUUUUACCAAUAGGGCAGUAUUUCAUGCAGAAGAUAAGUUUGUAAAUCGAUUUCAGCUCUUCUCUUGUGUAAAUAUCAAGAGAGUUUUUAAAAAAAUAAAGCAGGUAAUUUUAUUUGUCUCCACA